CGAUUUCCUGACCUCGUGAUCCGCCCGCCUCAGCCUCCGAAAGUGCUGGGAUUACAGGUGUGAGCCACCGCGCCCGGCCUGUUUUGUUGGGUUUUUUGGACACUCGCUCUGUUGCCAAGGCUAGAAAGCACUGGUGUGAACUCGGCUCACUGCAGCCUCCCCCUCCCAGGUUCAAGCGAUUCUUCUGCCUCAGCCUCCUGAAUAGCUGUGACUACAGGUGUGCACCACCACGCCUGGCUAAUUUUUGUAUUUUUAGUAGAGACGAGGUUUCACCAUGUUGGCCAGGCUGGUCUCGAACUCCUGGUCUCAAGUGAUAUGCCCGCCUCAGCCUCCCAAAGUGCUGGAAUUACAGGCGUGAGCCAUUGCCCCCGGCCUAUUUUUAUUUUAGAUCUCACUGUGUUACCCAGGCUGAUCUCGAACUCUUGGACACAAGUGAGUCUCCUGCCUUGGCCUCCCAAAGUGCUGGGAUUAUAGGCGUGAGCCACCUGCCUGACCUCAUCUUGCCCUCUCAAUCCCCCUUACCCUGCUCCACUUUCUUCCCCCAGUGCAUUAACGACCAACUAUCAUAUAAUUUAUAGGGUGUUUUUUUUUUUUUUUUGUCUACCUGUUUCCCCUACUGGACUAUAAACUCUACAAGAAUAGGAAUCUUCGUAUUUUUUUCCUCUGCUGAAUUCCUAGUGCCCAGAUUAGUGCUUGGCACAUGAUUAUAAGCGCCAUGGCUAUGGCUAGUGUUAAAUUGCUUGCCGGUGUUUUAAGAAAGCCAGAUGCCUGGAUUGGACUCUGGGGUGUUCUCCGAGGGACACCUUCGUCAUACAAACUCUGUACUUCCUGGAAUCGAUACUUGUAUUUUUCUAGUACCAAGUUACGUGCACCAAAUUAUAAAACACUUUUUUAUAAUAUAUUCUCACUGAGACUUCCAGGGCUUUUACUAUCUCCAGAAUAUAUUUUUCCUUUUUCCAUAAGACUCAAAAGUAAUAUAAGGUCUACAAAAUCUACUAAAAAGUCUCUGCAAAAAGUAGAUGAAGAGGACUCUGAUGAAGAAAGCGAUCAUGACGAGAUGAGCGAGCAGGAAGAGGAGCUUGAGGAUGACCCUACUGUAGUCAAAAACUAUAAAGACCUGGAAAAAACAGUGCAGUCUUUUCGGUAUGAUGUUGUCCUGAAGACGGGGCUAGAUAUUGGGAGAAACAAAGUGGAAGAUGCUUUCUACAAAGGUGAACUCAGGCUGAAUGAGGAAAAAUUAUGGAAGAAAAGCAGAACGGUGAAAGUGGGAGAUACAUUGGAUCUUCUCAUUGGAGAGGAUAAAGAAGCAGGAACAGAGACAGUUACGCGGAUUCUCUUGAAAAAAGUGUUUGAAGAGAAGACUGAAAGUGAAAAAUACAGAGUGGUGUUACGGCGGUGGAAAAGUUUAAAGUUGCCUAAGAAGAGAAUGUCUAAAUAAAUGGAUUGCUUUUUAGCAAUAAAGCUGCUUUCUAGUGAUAAAGGAAGGGGGCACCUGAAAAAUAGGACAUUUUUAUUAAAAUAAAGUUCUCUUAGUGUUUGUGGAAUCUGCUGAGCCAUUUUGUGGAAAUUGGGAUCCAUAUCUGGAGAUACUUCCCAAGGCCUGCCUCACCCCCACCUCCUGCCCACCUUGAUCCAUGCUCCUUUGACCUCCUCGUGUGAGAACCCCUUUGCCAGAGUGAGACGUGUGCAGAAUGAACUAAGCCCCAGAGGGUUUUAAUGGCUUGCCUGCUGUGUCCCACAUAAACUACCUCAGGAGUCAUUGUAAAAUAAACUGGCCUUGUUGUCUCUUA